AUGCCGGUGCUGAACGAAGAAACAUUCAGCCAGGAAAACAAUGAGUCUUAUGAAUGCGAUGAUAUCCUUUGUCACAGUUACGACGACAAAAUAUCAAAGGUGGCGGAGACCGAUGAUUCUAGACGCCCCGCAUUUGCUCCACAAAGAAUACCUCUUGAGAGGAGGUUGCAGACUUUAGCUGUCUUGUGGCACACGUGUACAAUUCCACUGAUUCUCUCGUUUUUCUUCAUAUGUUGUUCGCUCCCCCAGUUAUGGCCACUUAUGUUCGUUUAUUUCGUGUUCUUCUUUCUCAAUGAUAGAACCCCAAGCAACGGAAAUAGCGUAUGGAGGUACUCCUCCACGAUGAGAAACCUGGCGAUUUGGAAAUACUUUGUGAACUACUUUCCGAUACGCAUUCGGAAAUCCGUUGAUUUGAAGCCUACUUUCACAACCAAGCAGGUCAGCAAAGAGGUUUUCAUCUCGCCAUUUGGGUAUCUUCCCAGGUUUCUUGACCCCAUUCUUGCGGCUCUUCGUAUACCGAAGACGCAAGUUUGGGUUUCAAAACAAGUCAAAACGGGUCCAAGGUACAUAUUUGCGUACCAUCCUCACGGUAUCAUUUCUAUGGGGGUCACAGGCGCUUUUGCGACCAAUGGAGCAGGUUUCGAGAAGCUGUUCCCAGGAAUCAGGGUGUUUCUGCUGACAUUGAACAACCAAUUCAGACUACCGUUCUACAGGGACUACCUGAUGUCGCUAGGAAUAUCAUCAGUCUCAAAGCAUAAUGUAAUGUCUUUGGUUAGACAGAAUGAAAGUGUGGCCAUAGUCGUUGGUGGUGCUAGUGAGUCUUUACUUGCCAAACCUGGUAAGAACGACAUUGUGCUGAAGAAGCGCAAGGGUUUUGUGAAGAUUGCCUUGGAGCUUGGAGAUGUUAGCUUAGUUCCAAUCUACGGAUUUGGCGAGACAAACAUAUACAAUGUGUUUGAGACAUCAGGCAAUAGGGGUGAGGUCUCUGACUCGUUCUUUUUGUUCAGGAAGGCACUUUACAGUUUCCAAAUGUGGCUGAAAAAUAGACUGGGUUUCACAAUCCCUCUAUUUUUCGCUCGUGGAGUCUUCAAUUACGACUUUGGACUACUCCCUUUCCGCAAGCCUAUAAACAUAGUUGUUGGCAGCCCGGUCAGCAUUCCUUUUAUGCCAUCUCCCAGCCAGCAGCAGAUCGAUUACUACCAUGACUUGUAUGUGAAAGAGCUGAAAAAGUUGUUCGAUGAGCACAAAUCGAAGUAUCUUCUUGAUGGAGAUGCCGAACUGAGAAUAGUGCAGUAA